GCCAAUCGAAAUAAAGGAUGGCACUGUCUGUCACCAUCGGUACAUUAUUCAUUGUUGCUACAUUUGUGGCAGCAAAGGAAUCUCUUCAUCCCCUCUCUGACGAGUUCAUAUCGCUGAUCAACUCCAAGCAAAGUUCCUGGAAGGCCGGACGAAACUUUCCUCUGGACACUCCUCGUGCCCACAUCAAGGCAUUAACGGGAGUAGUCAAGAACCCACUGUCACCCAAGCUUCCAGCUACAACCCACGACGCUGACUUAAUAGCCAGUUUACCAGAAAACUUUGAUCCUAGAGAAAAAUGGCAGAACUGCCCAAGUUUGAACGAAAUCAGAGACCAAGGAUCGUGCGGCAGCUGCUGGGCGAUCGGAGCUACUGAAGUCAUGACCGAUCGAGUCUGCACUUACUCUAAUGGCAAAAAGCAGUUCCACUACUCAACUCAGGAUUUAGUAAGUUGCUGUACAAGAUGUGGUGGAGGGUGCGAAGGUGGUAAUCCGGAUACAGCGUUUGAGUACUGGAAAAGCGAUGGUAUCGUGUCUGGAGGGCAGUAUAACUCGUCUCAAGGUUGCAGGCCAUACGAAAUUCCUCCGUGCGAGCACCACGUGGACGGACCGCGGCCGAAGUGCAAAGGUAACGACAAAACGCCAAAGUGCUUGAAUAAAUGCACAGCGGGUAAUGUUCAGUAUAAAGAAGACAAGCACCGCGCGAAAGAGGUUUAUUCGGUUGUUGGUGAAGACGAUAUUAAAGCGGAAUUGUAUACUAAAGGUCCCGUUGAGGCUGCUUUCGUCGUAUAUGAAGAUUUCCUUCAUUAUAAAAGCGGCGUAUACUCGCAUACAUCUGGAGAAGACGUGGGUGGUCAUGCUAUUAAGAUCCUGGGAUGGGGAGUCGAGAACGGCAAGAAGUACUGGUUAUGCGCCAACUCUUGGAACAAUGACUGGGGAGAUAAAGGUUUUUUUAAGAUCCUCAGAGGCGAAAACCACUGUUAUAUCGAAUACGAUGUCGUAGCUGGGGAACCUGAUUUAGACGGUUUGUAAAUUCAAA